AUGUGGGCCAGAAGACUGUUGCUCCAGCACGAAGGAGAGAUCCUGACUUCUAUCAAAAAGCAGGAAGCCAUCAGGAAGCUCAUGGUUUUCUUGCAUGAAUGGGAUAGUGCCCACAAAGUUCCUCGAAGCUGCAUCCUGGACAGCUUCAUAAAAAGCAAGGCAGAACCAGAGCUGGAGCUCACCAGUUUGUUCCUGGCUCACCUGACAGCAUGGCUCAGGAUGGCACAUCUGUUUCCUUGGACAGCUGGAGGGGCUGAAGGCCCAUGCCCUCUUGCAGAGACAGUACCCAGUUCAGACCUUCACCCGCUGCAGUGGGGUGAUGGCUCACGGGAGCACGGCCUGCUGGCAGAGGAAGAUGGGCUCCAAGGCAGGAAAGACUUCUGGCUUUGUUCCCCCUAUCCUGGAAGCCACAGAUACCUGACUGAAUUUCUGGAGAUCGGAGGUGUCUCGAUUCCCCUGGAAAUAGUGGGGCUGAACCACCUGAAAGUAGAGGACAAAAGGGAGUCUGUAAAGCUGCUGCUGCUCGCUGCAGACACUGGGGUACCAGACCUCGCCAAGUUCUUGGCCUCUUCCAACAAAGCAGAGGGUCAAGAAGACACGCAGACUCUGAUGGACUCUUCAGGCUGUGGCAAUCCCAAGUACCAGAGCCAAGUCCACCUUGUAGCUGUGCUGCUGUGUACCUCCACAGGCCCAGCAUGGGCUCUGCCGAUGCUCAGGGUCGUGCAGGUGGGUACUGAGCGUUGGUGGAGUGGGGGGAAUGGGAAGUGUUUGCAUCUGUGCCAACAUAUGGUGAGAGAGGUGCCCUGUGCCCUCGAGGAGCCCGUGCUGGGCGUGCUGCGCUCUGUGCACCUGGAGGUCCAGUAG